GACUUGCCUGCAGGUGGCAGUAAAGUACAGUGGCACUAGUUUCCGGAUUGACGAAAUUUCGGCACUGUACGGCUUCCGUCUGCAUCCGGCGUUCUGUCCGCAGUUUGUUAAUGUGAGAAUUUCAUCUACAUUUCUUUCCCCCCCACAUCAUAAAGCACAAUAUCGCCGGUCCUUUCCAGCCACAAAUGUCUUCAGACACACUGAAAAAGCGAAAGGCUAAAGUUCUUCGUAACGAAGCAGCAACUCCUGAGGUGAAGCGAGGCAGAGGCGACGCAGACCACCAGGAUGUACGUAUCUACAAUGAAGAGGUGGAGCUUGAUGGCAGGGACCAUGAGGAGGACUUCCUUCAGUUUAAAGAGUCGUGUGAAGGUUUAGCCACUCUGAUGGGUGAAAUACAGAAGCUCAAAGCCAAUGGGGCAAAAGAUGGGUCUGCUGAGAUUGAACGGCGACGCUUGCAGAGCUGCAACCAAUUCAUGACUUUGAAAAAACUCAACCGUCUCGCUCACAUGCGACUGAAAAGGGGCAGAGACCAGACCCACGAGGCAAAGCAGAAAGUGGAUGUGCUGCACCUCCAGUUGCAGAAUCUUCUGUAUGAAGUUCUGCAUCUUCAGAAGGAAAUCAGCAAAUGUUUAGAGUUCAAGUCUAAACAUGAGGAAAUCGACCUCGUGAGCGAAGAAGACUUUUACAAGGAUGCGCCGCAGGAGAUUUCCAGGCCACAACUCACCAAAAACGAUCCGCACCAGCUCACACUGGCACGAUUAGACUGGGAGCUCGAACAGAGGAAAAGAUUGGCAGAGACAUACAAAGAGUCUCAGGCCACCAAGGAGAAGAUCCAGAAGAGUAUUGAGGUCAAGAAGGAACACCUGAGGAGCUUGCAGCCUGGUCUGAAUGCCAUCAUGCAGGCCUCUCUCCCAGUGCAAGAGUACCUUGCCGUGCCUGUUGAACAGACUCAGAAACACACUGAGGUUGCUCAGCACCUGCCACCGCCUCUCUAUGUCCUCUUUGUUCAAGCCAAUGCAUAUGGCCAAGCAUGCGACAAGAACCUGAGCGUGUCCAUCAGUGGGGAUGUAGAUGAGGCCAAGGCUAUGUCCAAACCUCCAGAGGAUUCUCAGGAUGAUGACAGUGACUCCGACGCAGAGGAAGAGCAGGAAAAAACUAAGAGGAGACGGCCAACUGCUGGCGGCCAGCUGGAUGACAAAAGGCGAGAGAUGCUCAAGAGGCACCCGCUGUCCCUCUCUUUCGACCUGACGUGCAAAGAUGGCAGCAUCCUCAAUCUCUACUUCUACUACCUGAUAAACCUCAACGUUAUGACAGUCAAAGCUAAGAUUUCUGCGUCCACAGACCUCACCACAGCCAUCAGUGCAGGGGAGCUGGUCAAAUCUGAAACCAUUCUCAGCUGUCUGUAUUCCAACGAUCAUGGAAGAGAAACACCCAAUCCAGCCAACCGUUAUCAGUUUGAUAAAGUUGGGAUUGUUUCUUUUGCUGACUAUGUGGAGGAGCUGGGUCAUCCCUACAAGUGGGUUCAGAGUCUCGGAGGUCUACAUUUUCCAAGUGACUCCUCAGAAGGUGUGCUUGUGGGCAGUUCAUUGAGUGCUAGCCACAUGGAAACCACCAUGAAGCUCCUGAGGGGGCGGGUCCUGUCCCGCUUGGCUUUGCAUAAGCAGUUUGCCUCUUUAGGUAAAGUUACCGUCGACCGUGCACGUUUAAGUGGUGCUUAUGAAGAGCUGAGGUUGUUUCUUCUCUCCACAGAGCACAACAUCAUCCCUGUCAUCAGUGAGUGUCUGCACCUCUUUCCAACCAAGAUUAUUUCCCGCUUAGCUCAGUGGACCACCAUCACACACGAGGAGUACAAGGAAUUGACAUUUACACGCCAUGUGACAGAUGCUGGUCUGGCAAAAGAGACUGAUAUGUACUUUUCUGGAGUUAUUGAAAGAGGCACAGCUCGUCUCCAGGCUGCAGUGGUGCUGAAUCCUCGUUACCCAGAAAUCUCUCCCCUCUUCUCACUCUCGCUCAGCUGGAAGGGAGAGCGCAGCGGACGAUCUGAUGACAACCUUCGGGCCAUGGAGAGCGAGGUGAACGUGUUCAAAAAUGAACUGCGGGGUCCACGUCCAGGCUAUCAGGUCUUGACCAAUCAGAUUUCACGCCUGUGUGUCUGUCUGGAUGUCUACCUGGAGACCGAAGAACAGGAUGACGGCGUGGAAGGACCACGCGAGUUUCCCCGAGAAAAGAUGUGCCUGCGUACUGUGAAGGGUCCAAAUCGCCUGAAGCCAUUCAAAUACAACCAUCCUCUGGGCCUCUUCAGUCAUCGCUAAACGUUGGCCUGUGGUUCCUCUUCCAAAUUUUAACUCAUCGUGACUAUUUGAAGCAUUUUAGACUAACUGUAGACAUUUUCUAAAAAUCUUUCCAAUCAUUUCAAAAUAAACCAAUCAUCUUGUUUUCUUUGGGAAGAAAA